AGGCGGGGCUAAUGCACUUAUGAGAAUAAAAUGGCGACCAAAGUGGAGGAACUCAUGAAGCUUAUUAGCGAAGGAAAGCUCGAAGAAGCUGGAAAACUGGCAAGGGAGGAGUGGGGGCAGAUAACGAGCCUUGAUUCUACACAAAGAGAGUCUCUCCUUGCUUCCUGUGCGCCUGGGGACCAGUCUUUAGUCUGGCUGGCUGUGUUAUCAGUUGAGGUGAAGCAGCCACUGAUAGACUGGUCGGUUUUUAUUCCUCUAAUCACAAACUUCUCUGAGAACUUCUCUCCAGAGCAAGCUCGACUUCAUCCACAAGCAUUCUGUGAUUUAAUCCAUCAGUUCACGGAAAAUCUUUGUGUCAAUAGAAAGGCUAUAUUAGGUAUUAAUUCAGUGCGGAGUAUUGUACAAAGGUAUCCUCCUAAUGAACAUACUCUUACUGCUGUGCAUAGCGAUUUAAUACAAUUAUGUUUAGCUGCUAAGUGUUUAAAGCCAUGUCUUCCUUAUCUCGCUAGAAACUACACUGAACUAUUAACUGAAAAAUCUCAAUUUGAUUCCAAGUAUGUUGUUCUUUACUUUUACUAUGGAGGAAUGACUUACACUUGUCUCCACGACUACCUCAGAGCACUCCAAUUAUUCACCAUGUGUUUGUGUGUACCAGCAAUAGCGGUCAGUGCUGUCAUGCUAGCUGCUUAUAAGAAGUAUAUACUAGUCUGCUUACUGAAAUAUAACAAAAUGAUUCAAUUACCGAAAUGUGCAUCACACUUAGUAGAAAGAGUUUUUAAGAGCCCGUGUGGGCACUAUUUAGAACUAGCCAAAGCCUACGCUACCGGAGAUCAAUUAGCCACAAAGCAAUUAGCGUCGAAAUUCAGAGAAUCUUUUAUAUCAGACGGUAACUAUGGACUAGUUCAGAGGGUAGUGAGUCAGCUAGUGAGACACAAUGUACAGAGAUUAACUAUGUCUUUCAUAACACUGUCACUGGAGGAUGCAGCACAGAGAGUUGACCUGUCUGACUCUAAUGAAAUGGAGAAAAUGCUUAGAGACAUGAUAGAAGAUGGUGAUAUAAAUGCUUGCAUCAAUCAAAAGGAAGAGAUGAUUGUGUUCAGUGAUGACUUUGUGGAUGAUAAUUGUGCUCAGACGCUGGAGGCUAGACUCAAAGAGUGCAUGAGCCUCCAACAAGAAAUGAGCAAAGCCAAUGAUCAGUUAUCACUAAACCCACGCUACAUACAAAAAAGUGGUACUUCCAGAGGUGGUGGUGGAAUGGAUGACGAUCCUUUUGCAGACGACCAAUUAAUGUAGAGACACUCCGUAUCCAUGGUAACCUUUGGAGCGUUACCACGGUAACACAAAGACUGAAUCUAAUCCAGUGAUAUCACUGAUUGUGUUGUAGUCCCUUUUAUUUACACACUCAGGGGGUUAACCCCAAUUAAUUAUUAUUAUUAUUAUCAUUGAUAUUAACGAGUUGUGUUGUACGUGUGUUACAUUUCUUCUAUUAAUAAUUCCUUGUAAUAUAAUAAUGAA